CGACUCACGUGUUAGCUAUGUUUGGUCUCGCGAAGUCCCGAUUCCCGAGCAGCAGUAGCAGCAGCUGUACGCCUGUACACCGCUUGCUUUAGUGCUGCGGCAGCUGUACUGCUAAUGUAGUCGUUCGCUCUUACGAGUCCUUAAUUCACGUCUGUCCGUACUCCGAGGAACCGAAUAACCAUCCAUACGAAUUUGUCUUCAGAAAUCCAGUGCACCAUGACGUCGCCGUCGUCCGAACAACAGCUGCACGGCGUCCCCUUGGUUCAGAAAUUCAACGCAGAGGCAUUAGAAUUAAAUUUUUCAUUAGAGCAAAAAUGGAAAAAUUUCAAAAAAGAAUAUGAAGAAUUAUAUGAAUGUUUAGAACAAUUUCCUAAACAGUUGUCUGUUCCAAUAUUGAUGCCACUUGGACCAAAAGUGUUUGUACGUGCGCAAUUAUGUAAUACUAAUGAGGUAUUUAUUAGAUACAAUGAAGUUUUCACUAAACAAAGUGCUUAUGAUGCUCAAGCUGCUUGCAAAAGGCAACUCGAUAGGUGUGAUAAUAUGCUUGAAAAUUUAAGAAAAGAAAAAGAAUUGUUCAUGGAUAAUAUUUCUGCUAGACAGGAAGUUGUUAAUGUUUCAGAACAGUUAGUAGAAAUAAAUGAACCCUAUGAUGAAGCAGAAGAAGCAGCUUGGAAUGAAAUACAUAAGCAAAAGGUAAAAGAAUAUAAGAAACGUUUAGCUGAAGAAAAACAUCAACAAGAAUUAGAGCAACGUAAAAAAAUAUUAGAAGAAUUUAAAUCAGUAGGGUUUGACGAUAAACUUGGUGGAUUGAAUAGACCAACAUUGUUUACUGCAUCUAAAAUACAUUAUUCAAUUAUGAAUGGGGAAGACGAUGAUAUGGAUGAUGAUGACGAGGAUGGGGAUGAUGAAGAUGACGAUGAAGAAGAUGAUGAAGAUGAUGAAGAUGAUGAUGAUGAUGAUGAUGAAGAUGAUGAUGAAGAUGAAGAUGAAGAUAGUAAAUUAGAAAUUGUUUUCACUAAUGAUAUACCCGAAACUACUAGAUCCUUAAAAAAAAAGAACAAAAAACAAGUAUCAUUUAAUAGUGAUGUUCAAAUUAAAGAAUUUGUACCAAGGCCUGGAGAACAUUUCAUUCGUCGAAGAGAAGAAACCACUGAAUCUAUAAAACCAGAAAUAAUUCUUACGGAAAUAGAUGAUAUUGUGGAAAGAGUAUCUGAUACAUGUCUAGAUAAUGAAACUGAUGAUAAAGAAGAAAAUACAAGACCCGUUAGUAGAUUUAAAGCCAACCGAAAUAGAUAGGAGCAAUAAUAUUAAAUAUCAGAUAUGUAUACAUAUAUAUUGUUUUUUAUUUGGUUAAUUUAAGCAGCUAAUAAAGCUAUUGUAUACAUUAUAAUAUAUUUGUAUAUAAAUGAUAAAUAUUUAAAUUAUAUUAUUAAAAGUGUAUAAAUUAAAAACCAAUUUUUAUAUUAAAUAAUAAUCAUUGAAA